GGCAUCCAUAACAGCCACCCCUCUCUUGAACCCUGCAGCCAUGAACGCCCUCCUGCUCUCCGCACUGUGCCUCCUCGGGGCUGGGGCUGCCCUGGCAGGAGGGGUCACCGUGCAGGAUGGAAAUUUCUCCUUUUCUCUGGAGUCAGUGAAGAAGCUCAAAGGCCUCCAGGAGCCCCAGGAGCCCAGGGUUGGGAAACUCAAGAAGUUUGGAGCCAUGCCUGGUGAACCUGUGGUUCCCAUCCUCUGUAGCAACCCAAACUUUCCAGAAGAACUCAAGCCUCUCUGCAAGGAGCCCAACGCCCAGGAGAUGCUCCAGAGGCUGGAGGAAAUCGCCGAGGACCCGAGCACCUGUGAGAUCUGUGCCUACGCUGCCUGUACUGGAUGCUAGGGCGGCUUGUCCGCUGCCUGCCUCCCCUCCCCAGCAGGGAAGCUCUUUCUCCUGAAGGAAGGGCCGCCCAUGGUACUCCGCUCCCAGCAGCUCAGCCUACCCUGGCCCAGUUGGGAGGAGCAGCCCGGGAAGGGACAGGGUGACUGGAGGCUUCGCCCCAACACUGUCCUUCCCUAGAGCCACUCCAACCCCCAGCUAAUAAACCAGAUUCCAGAGUA